AUGGCCCCUCCCACAGUGAUGCUGCUGCUUCUUCUGGCUGCCAUGGCGACCAUGGCCCAGUCUGUUGGCGAGGAGAACAAACUGGAUUAUGGGUACUGGAACUACAGGGAGGGAGGUAAGAUAAUAAAUAAGAACAUCCAUCCAGCCUACUCAGUUGAAGUCAAGGAAAGACUUCGGGGCGGCAGGUAGCUUAGUGGUCGCUGGUUCUAAUCCCCGAGCAGACUAGGUGAAAAAUCUGUCGAUGUGCCCUUGAGUAAGGCACUUAACCCUAAUUGCUCCUGUAAGUCGCUCUGGAUAAGAACGUCUGCUAAAUGACUAAAAAUGUAAAAAUGAAAGACAAAGCAGAAGUGAAAAAAAACAUGCAUUUCAUAACAAUGUAUUUUCUUCAUUUUCUCUGGGGUUGUCCUUGCUGGGGUUUUGGUUGCAGCUGAGAGUGUGAACGUGGCCACUGUCCGCAGUGUGACCAGAGUUCUGGACGUCUGGGGAAAACGCAUCUUCAACGAGAUCAAAACCCUACUCCACUCUCAGCCCAGCACCCUGCUCCCUGACUACUCCAGGUAGGAGUACCAGAGGGACUUCUUCACUGUGGUAUAGGUCAACAGAGAGUGUACACAUCCCUUUUACAGUACUUUCAGAAAGUAUUCCCUUGACUUAUUCCAAAUUGUGUUGUGUUACAGCCUGAAUUCAAAACAUGUAUUAAGUAUAUAUUUUUUCUCAACCAUCUACACACAUUACUCCAUAAUGACAAAGUGUACACAUGUUUUUAGAUAUUUUUUCAAAUGUAUUGAAAAUGAAAUACAGAAAUAUCUUAUUUGCAUAAUUAUUCACACCCCUGAGUCAAUACAUGUUAGAAUUUAAUUAAUUAAUUAAUAUGCCAUUUAGCAGACGCUUUUAUCCAAAGCGACUUACAGUCAUGCGUGCAUACAUUUUUUUUGUGUAUGGGUGGUCCCGGGGAUCGAACCCACUACCUUGGCGUUACAAGCGCCGUGCUCUACCAGCUGAGCUACAGAGGAUCACCUUUGGCAGCGAUUACAGCUGUGAGUUUUCUGGGUAAGUCUCUAAGAGCUUUGCACACCUGGAUUGUACAAUAUUUGCCCAUUUAUUCUUUUUAAAAUUCUUCAAGCUUUGUCAAAUUGGUUGUUGAUCAUUGCUAGACAACCAUUUUCAAGUCCUGCUAUAGAUUUUCAAGCUGAUUUACAGUAUCAUUCAAAAGUUUGGACACACCUACUGAUUCCAGGAGUUUUCUUUAUUUUUACUAUUUUCUACAUUGUAGAAUAAUAGUGAAGUCAUCAAAACUAUGAUAUAACACACAUGGAAUCAUGUAGCAACCAAAAAAAAGUGUUAAACAAAUCAAUUUGAGAUUCUUCAAAGUAGCCACCCUUUGCCUUGAUGACAGCUUUGCACACUCUUGGCAUUCUCUCAACCAGCUUCAUGAGGUAGUCACCUGGAAAGUCAAAACUGUAACUAAGCCACUCAGGAACAUUCACUGUCUUCUUAGUAAGCAACUCCAGUGUAUAUUUGACUUGUUGUAGGUUAUUGUCCUGCUGAAAGGUGACUGUCUCCCAGUGUCUGUUGGAAAGCUGACUGAACCAGGUUUUCCUCUAGGAUUUUUCCUGUGCUUAGCUCCAUUACGUUUCUUUUUCAUCCUGAAAAACUCCUUAACGAUUACAAGCAUACCCAUAACAUGGUACAGCCACCACUAUGCUUCAAAAUAUGGAGAGUGAUACUCAGUAAUGUGUUAUGUUUGGGGCAAAUCCAAUACAACACUUUGUAUUCAGGACAAAAAGUGAAUUGCUUUGCCACAUUUUUUGCAGUAUUAUCUUCGUAGUGACUAGGUAUAUUGAUACACACUCCAAAGUGUAAUUAAAUAACUUCACCAUGCUCAAAGAUAUUCAAUGUCUGCUUUUUUAUUUUUACCCAUCUCCCAAUAGGUGCCCUUCUUUGUGAGGCAUUGGAAAACCUCCUUGGUCUUUGGGGUUGAAUCUGUGUUUGAAAUUCACUUCUCAACUGAGGGACCUUACCGAUAAUUGUAUGUCUGGGGUACAGAGAUGAGGUAGUCAUUAAAAAAAUCAUGUUAAACACUAUUAUUGCACACAGAGUGAGUCCAUGCAACUUAUUAUGUGACUUGUUCAGAAAAUGUUUACUCCUGAACUUAUUUAGGCUUGCCAUAACAAAGGUGUUGAAUACUUAUUGACUCAAGACAUUUCAGCUUUUCAUUUUUUAUUAAUUUGUAAAAAUGUCUAAAAACAUUAUUCUACUUUGACAUUAUGAGGUAUGUGUAGGCCUGUGACCGAAAAAAACUAAAUGUAAUCAAUUUUAAAUUCUGGCUGUAACACAACAAAAUGUGGAAAAAGUCAAGGGGUGUGAAUACUUUCUGAAGGCACUGUAUGUCUCUAUGAUGAAGUUGUAGGCCUAUAAAGUUAUUUCUUCUGUCCAAGAAUGUGUGAAUGACAUUGUAGAUUGAUGUUGCUAAAUUCCUGCUUUGACUCUACAAAAUAUUGACCAGUGCAGAUUAAUAAUUUAAAGUUACUAUCCAGGUUCUUAAAGUGUGACUGAUUGCUCGUUUGAAGAGCCUGUUGCUAAGUUACUCUUUGUGUCCUGCAGGGUGCGCCCUCUGUCUGAGUCGCUCAACGAUCUCUUCAGGGAAGUCACUCUGCUGCACAGGCGUAUCACGGAACUCACCCAUCGCCUAGCAACCCUGGAACCGUUCCUCCGUCGCCAUGGCUACAGGGACGAGGGGGAGGAGGGAGGGGGUGGCGGUAGCAGAGCUCUGGCACCUCAGAGCAUGAGAGGUGGCGCAGCAAGGCUGGCGAGGUAUCCCCCUAGAUACACCUUGAAGAAGGCGGUCCCUGUGAGGGGGACUAGGGUGGUGAGGAGGAAGAGGGUGAGAGUGUACAACAACGGACAAGUUCGGAUGCUGGAGAGUGCAAGUGAGAGAUAG